GUCGGGGCUGAAUGUCAUCAUAAUAAUACCUGACUCUUGUCCGAAAAGCUUGCCCCUCAGGGGAAGGUCGGGAGACUCUCUCUGUGUCAUUGUGUAACUCUAUUCUGGACGCCGGCUUGCUGUACACUCUUGAUACGGGCAACCUAGUAUCGUGGUCUCUUUCUUCAUUGCCACUCCCUUUUUCAAGCAACAACAAUAUAGACAGGACCACCCACCAUGUCUGCCGAAACGCUCACGACCAUCUCGCCGACUACAAACGAGCCUAUCCUGACAAGGACGGGUGCCUCGGCCACCGACCUCGAAGAGCUGCCCAACGUCGCGGCCGAGGCAUUCAAGACAUGGAGCAAGACGACGCUUGCUGAACGCCAGGCUAUUGUCAAGAAGGCUCUGAAGCUGCUGGCCGACAAGAAGGAUGAGCUCGCAGAGGAGAUCACCGUGCAGAUGGGCCGGCCCAUUGCUUAUACGGCUGGAGAAGUCACGACCGCCAUCAAGCGCGCAGAUUUCCUCCUGAAGAUCAGCGAGGAGACGCUCAAGGACACAGAGGGCGAGGCUGAGAAGGGCUUCAAGCGGUUCAUCCGCAAGGUCCCCGUCGGCCCCGUCCUGGUCCUCUUUGCCUGGAACUACCCAUACCUCAUCCUCGUCAACUCCCUGAUCCCGGCGCUGCUGUCCGGCAACACCGUCAUCCUCAAGCCGUCCCCGCAGACCCCGACCAUCGUCGAGCAAAUCAGCAAGAUCUUCGCCGAGGCCGGCCUACCGUCCGGCGUGCUGCAGUACUUCCACAGCGGCUCGCCCUUGCUGAUCGAGAGCAUCGUGCGGAACCCAAAGAUCGCGCACGUGUGCUUCACGGGAUCCGUGGCAGGUGGCCUGGCCACGCAGAAGGCCGCGUCGGACCGCAUCGUCAACGUCGGGCUCGAGCUUGGCGGCAAGGACCCGGCGUACGUGAGGGCGGACGUGGACAUUGACUGGGCCGCCGGCGAGAUUGUCGACGGGUCCAUCUUCAACUCUGGCCAGAGCUGCUGCGCUCUGGAGCGGAUCUAUGUCGACGCCAAGAUCCACGACGCCUUUGUCGAGGCCGCGCAGAAGGUGCUCAAGGGGUACAAGGUUGGCGACCCGCUGGACAAGGAGACGCAGAUCGGGCCUGUCGUGUCGAAGCGGUCCAAGGAGACGAUCGAGGCGCACAUCAAGGACGCUCUGGACAAGGGCGCGAAAGACGUGACCCCGGCCAAUGUCACUUUUGACAACCUCCCGGCCAAGGGCAACUUUGUCAAGCCCACCCUUCUCAUCAACGUCAACCACGACAUGACGGUCAUGACCGAGGAGACCUUCGGACCGGUGAUUGCCGUGCAGAAGGUCUCGAGCGAUGACGAGGCAAUCAAGCUCAUGAAUGACAGCGAGUUCGGCCUCACGGCCAGCAUCUGGACAAAGGACACCGACAAGGGCUACGAGCUGGCCGAGCAGGUCGAGGCUGGUACUGUGUUUGUCAACCGCGCAGAUUAUCCCAGUCCGGAUCUGGCGUGGACCGGUUGGAAGAACUCGGGCAAGGGUGUGACCUUGAGCAAGUUUGGCUAUGACCAGUUUGUCAAGCUGAAGAGCUACCACCUCAAGGACUACCCCAAAUAGAGGACGUCCUGAUAGACACGAGCCGUGGGUCUCACAGCGGGGAUUUGAUGGGGGAGGUGAUUGUGUAGUACAUCAGUCUGAGUGUCAAUGGUGUCGCCAAGGCAUGUCGCAGGCAACCACAGCAUGAGAGGAGUGAAUUCUCAAAUUGUACAAAGAGUUAUCACAUGCUUCCGCCUGAGCCACGGGCAUGAUU